AUGUCUAAGUUUUUACCUUUUGAUAGCUUUCAUAGCAAAAUUCACUUGGUUACCUACUUUUUUUCCUCAGAAUAUCAUGAUGUUAUAGAUUGUCUGCAGAAAAUGAAGGACUACUUGACAAAUACAGUUUCACACCUUCAAGAGGCCAAAAAUAAAUUUCGUGGAGCUAUCUGCCAACAAGAUGAUGUUUCUCAGAUCCAGGCUGCUCAAUAUGCUUUUGUAGAAACUAGAGUAUGCAAUUUUGAAAGAGAAGCAAAGCAAUCUGUGCAGGCAUCCUCUAGUUCCAGCCAGAGAUACCAGAGAACUCCUUCCUCAAGCAAGAUAGAAAGUCAGAACAUUAAUCAAGUUCAUCCACAUGAAAUUAAAACUGUGAAAAAAGAAACUGUUGCAUCAUUAGCUGAAAAUAUAUCUGUCAGAGAACAGGAAGUUAGCAGAGAACCUCCAACAACAAAAGAAGAUGGUGAAUACAGAGUGCUAACAACGUCUAUUUCAGAGAAAAUAGAUAAUAAUGGAAGAGAUAAACCUCACAGAGAUGGCUCUUCUCCUGAAAAAUAUCCACAACUGACUUGUCAAGAUGAUCUUAUGGACAGUGGAGAAAGUAUUUCAUCUCGGUCAUCAAUGGAUACUCAUGACAGAACUGUCAGAAAUCUUUCUGAACAGGAGAAAGAACUGACAUUGACAGAGCAAAUGAAAGACAAUAAAAAGGAAAUAAAUUAUGAUAUGUAUAGGAAUGAUCCACUUACUGUCACAUCUUCAGCACAAACCAGUGAUCUUAAUGCUGUGAUUCCUUCAAUGAGUGAUUCAGAAGAUGUGCAAAAAUAUAGGCGCUGGUUAAACAAGGAAUUUGUAAUGGAACAGAGUGGUAGGAGUGAACAUAAAAUAGUUUGCUUUAUUAAAGCUCCUGCAACUGCCCUGGAGAAUCUGACUUGUACAAUAGUCAAUGACACAAGUUCCUUGGUGGUGGAUGAUUUUGAGGAGCUGGUCAGCAAUGUCAUCAGUGUUGAAUGCUCUGAUUAUGAGAAAACUAUCCCUUUUCCUAUUAACAUUGCAAUCCCAUUUACUUCACGCUUCAGAGGAAAUUACCGGGAGAUUAUGGUGAAGGUGACAGACAUGAACUUUCAAUCAAAUUACUUAACUCCCAUUUCUCUGGAAGGAUACCACGGAAACCACAAGGAAACAUUUGCGGAAGUGAAAGUUUAUCAGCUGGGUGUUUUUUCUGUGUUGUCAUGUUUAAAGAAAGAAAUAUUUACCGUUCCAACAGCAGGACUCUCACAAAACCUGAGCAUGGAUUCCAGGAUCUCUUUCUAUUACCCUUCAGAAACGUUCACUUCUCCAGCAACCAUGAUGUUAAAGAUUCAUCCAAUUGAGCCAUCACUAAUUUCCACACUGAAGGCAAAACAUGACAUGUACCUCUCAGUGGUAUCUACCAGUGCACUGGUUUAUGUCCACCAUCCUUCAGCCCAACCAUUUAACAACUCAGUCACCAUUACUCUACCCUGUCCUCCAAACCCAGAAAAAAAAAGGCAGGAGGAGGAGACAGAGCAAGUGAGAGCCAUUACUGCUACAGUAAAGAGAGUUGCUGCCGCAUACCAUCCUCGGGCUACAAGUGCUUCUUUGAGAAAGAAUGGAGAGAGUUUCAGAGAUACUUUCAAAUUAUUAGGUCACAGAAACAAAGAUGAGUGGAUGGUCUUUGAUGAUAUUGUUAUCCGGAAUGCACAGAAUGGUCUUGUGUCAUUUGAUCUAAAUGAACAUUUAGAAAGCUUUGUGGUCAUUCGGCUUUCAUUCCUCUUGGAAAACACUUAUCUCCUCCUCUUUGCUCAGGCUCUGGAAGAAGCUGUUUGUAGCACAAUGUCAAAUGUGAUAAUGUAUCGGAAAAGAGAAAACCCAUAUAAAAUAAUAGUUUUACUAACUGCAUCCAAGGAAUUGACCUGGGAAAUUCAAAAUCUCCAUGAAGAAGGCUACUUUGGUCCCCCAGAACCUACACAGCAGUUUCCUUUAAGAGAAGGAGAGCAGAUUCAUUUUCAAUUUAGAGGCAAUAUAUUUGCUUCAGAAAAUGGAAAAGAUUUUGGAAAAGCCUACAGGCUGAUUUUUCAUUCACAAAGAAAGCCCAGACUAGAACUCCAUAUUAAAGAACUGGAUGAGUUUGGUAACCACAGCUCCCCUCACUACAAAGGAACAGCAGUGUUUUACAAAAUUACCAGAGGGAUGAUAACCAAGGAAUGGAAACAGCCCUUGCAACACUGUAAUUAUCAACACCAGUCUCCACUGUGCAAAUUACCACUAACAUUACCAAAGCAUGAAAAGUUGAUCAACCGUCCACAAAGCACAAAAAGAAUUUUUUGUGAUUCAUCAGAGGCCCUAUGGGACAACUUGCUGUACUGGCUUGCGGAAGAGCUUGCAGAAGAUAAUACAUCACUGAAUGCUUUACGCUUGCCUGUUCGGCGGAGCGUGCCUCAGCUUGUUAGGCUGAAGUGCCCUGAUAAUUUAAUACACCAGAACUAUGAGCUUCUUUGCUGCUGGCAAAAGACCCUUCCAAGGUCGGCUGACAAACAGCAGCUCCUGUCUCGCUAUUUGCAGAAGAGUGGCAGAAGGGAUCUUUCAGAAGAACUUCGUUUUAAGUGGGAAAACAAAGUGUUCACUUGA